AGCUUCAAAUCGACGUCAUGGCUGACGCCCCAGAAGUCGUCCCAGGCAGCAUCACACCCAUGUUCCCUUCCGCCAUCUCGCCCGCCCCAAUGGCGCCCACGGCCAGCGACGAGAAGUCGCCUGGCCCUCCUCACGCUCCCAAGGACCAAACGACCAAAGCACCCCGUACCGCAGACGUGUCCGACGAGAAAGAGAUUCUCCAGCCAGAAGCUGAUGAAGUUAGCCCAAAAUACCCGAUCGACGCGCAAGAAUCGCCGAAAGAUUCCAAGAGUUCGAAGUACGGGUUAGAUAGCAAAGCGGCGCCAGAGGCCGACCGAAAGAACCAAAAAUAUCCUGUGGAAGAGCAAGAUCGGACGACACCGAAAUACCCUGUUAAUGAUGAGGCGAGUCCAAUUGGGGGCAUCAAGCCCGAUAACGACUUUGCGGGGUGCCGGGGGAUUGAUCCUGGGGGUCUGGAGGAUGCGAGUCUUGUUGAUCGGAGGAGACUGAACACGGAUGAUGAAGGGGAGGAUUGGCAUGUUCCGCUGUGCGGGUGCUGUAGUGAGGAGUCGAGGAGUUUAUGUUGCGAAGCUGCGUUCAUGCCUUGCAUAUUAGCAGGCCGGCGGUAUCUGCGCGUUAAAAACACCAAACCGAGCGAGAUGACUAGUACAAAUGCUUAUUGUCUUGGCUGCUUCGUCUUCACUGUUCCGUUGACACCCUUCUGGUGGGUUAUGGGAAUGUCCACACGAAGUGAGAUCCGACAUAAGUACGGCAUACGGGGGAGCAACAAGGAUGAUUGCAUGACACACUGCUUUUGUGCGUGGUGCGCACUCGUACAAGAAGAAAAGGAAUUGCUAUGGCAUGAAGAACAAAGAGUCGGAAGUGGGUUAGACAACGGAUACAGAAGGGGGGAGCAGAUGGUUUAUUCUCCCGCGAGGUAGAGAUUAAGACAGAAACGCUGAGGACCAAGUCGAUAGGAACCGAUAGGCGUGUGUAUGUUCCUUAGCCAACGGAGAUGGCGCAAGUAACUCGUCUACAGCCCCCCACGUGCGCUUCUCAACGUAAAGGAAGGCCUUCAGCCCACGUAGCUGCAACAUCGGUGCCACCACCGC